AUGUCGCUCGACGAUCUAAAGUACGUCAAGGUCAAAACUCACCCAACUGCGAGAAACCAAGCGGUCUCGACGCAGCCACUCCUCGCUGGCUCUAUUGUUCUCUCGAACCAAGCCUUUGCAACCGUCCUAUUUGAAAACCAAAAAGGCCGUCGCUGCGAUCACUGCCUCGUCCUGAGCGAGACACUGCGAAAGUGCUCAGGGUGUGCCUCUUGCUGCUACUGUGACGCUAAUUGCCAGACCCGACACUGGCCGUCGCACAAGAAACUCUGCAAGCGAUGGAACUCCUUCGCGUCCUCAAACGAGUUCCAGGCUUUGCCCCCUCAUGAGAGGCUCGACUGCGUCUUACUUUCGUAUUUUGCUUCUCCAUUGAGUGCGAACGACCAGCUAGCUAUCUUCAAGAGCCUGCUUCCUGGGCCAACACAUCAUUCACCUCCACCAACGUGUACCCCAGUCGAUGGCGCGGACGGCCUCUACGAUCGUUUCGGAAACAACAACUUCACAAUACACUCCCAUCUCAACUCUUUCGCUCAUGGCAUAUUCCCGUUAGCCAGCAGACUGUUCAAUCAUUCAUGCACUCCAAACGCCGCCGCCAGGUACAAGCUCGUGCGAGGACAGGCGGUCACAAUGGAAGUCGUUGCUCUUCGCGAUAUAGCUGAGGGAGAAGAGAUUUGUAUUCCAUACCUCGAUCCUGCCCUUCUCCAGACUCGGCAGCAGAUCUUCCAACUCACAUAUGGCUUCCAGUGCACCUGCAUCUCCUGUGAGGGCCUCAAGUCGGUCGGCCCUAUACCCGAUGUCCCACAAGACCCAGCUCGUCUUGCGGCGCUUGAAUACCGACUGCGUACAUUCAUCGGCGUUGAUGACUUAGAACACUGCGUAUUGCGCACGAAACCCAUUACCCAGUCGCUUCCGUCGGAGAUUCGCUGCUUCCUGAAAGAAGAUUAUAUCGAACAUUUAUCCGGUGUAUUCAGUCAAUCAUCUCAUGAUGGACCAUACGACCGGGCCCUCGACUCUGGCACAACUCUUCUGGCGAUGUAUCUCUUGAUUUAUCCGGAGAAUUACCCACAAAUCGGCAUGCACGCGCUAGAGUUGGCGAAGACAGCUUGGAACGCCAGCAUGCCAAUGAACGACAUAGUUCGGCGACAGCACGCCAUGGCACAAGUGCGGGCGUGUCUAUCCGUCAGUCGCAGAAUCCUUGGCCUAUAUGGUCCCGAGGGUGAUGGUGGAGGGCCCCUGGCGGAAAUCACAACUUUACAGCAACUUGUCGAUCAGGAAGGCUAG